CCGAAGGCUCUUUUCGCGGCGGUAGCUUAGAGUCUCGCGAGAAGCGCGGUUUGCUCGCCGCCCCACGGCGGGUGCUGAGGCCGCGUGAGGUUAGAGGAAGCUGCAUCUUCAAAGAAGAUCCAGGAGGAGUGUCCAGAAAGGGAGAAAAGUCAGAGGAAAAGAUGCUGGAACCCCAGGAGAAUGGCUUGACUGACCUACCAGAUUAUGAGCAUGUAGAAGAUGAAACUUUUCCUCCUUUCCCACCUCCAGCUUCUCCAGAUAGAGAUGAUGAAGGAGCUGAACCUGAUGACGAGUCAGGAAGAGGAGCACCUGUUCCUGUACCUCCAAGGAGAACAGUUAAAAGGAAUAUACCCAAGCUUGAUGCUCAGAGAUUGAUUUCAGAGAGAGGGCUUCCAGCAUUAAGACAUGUGUUUGAUAAGACAAAAUUUAAAGGUAAAGGUCAUGAGGCUGAAGACUUGAAGACGCUAAUCAGACACAUGGAGCACUGGGCACAUAGGCUAUUCCCUAAACUGCAAUUUGAGGAUUUUAUUGACAGAGUUGAAUACCUGGGAAAUAAAAAGGAAGUUCAGACCUGUUUAAAACGAAUUCGACUUGAUCUCCCUAUUUUACAUGAAGAUUUUAUUAGCAAUAAUGAUGAAGUAGGGGAAAAUAAUGACCAUGAUGUAACUGCUACUGAAUUAGAUCCAUUUUUGACAAACUCAUCUGAAAAUGUGACGUUUGCUUCUGAAUCAAGUAGAAGCCUAACUGAAGAGCAACAACAAAGAAUUCAGAGAAAUAAACAGCUGGCCUUGGAAAGAAGACAGGCAAAGCUACUGAGUAAUAGUCAGUCCUUAGAAAAUGACUUGUUAAUAAACACGUCCAGGACACAGACAGUUGAAGAUGUUAAUACGGGUGAGGAUCAAAACAAGGAGAAGUCAGAUGAACUUAACGAAGACAUUCUAGAUAAUCCACAUAAUGAUGCUGUUGCCAAUACUGUAAAUGAAGAGGAAUUAAAAAUAGAGAAACAACUGGACCAAUCCUUUCAAAUGUAUAGCAUUAACUUUAUGCUUCAUUCCAAAAAGUUACUGAAGUUGAAUAGGUCUCAACUAAGAGGAAAUUGAUUUGGUAUCCUCAAAGUUUGAGAUUAUUAUAUAUUUUGUCUACUUUGAGUGAAAUCCUUAUGUAGUAAAACCUUUACAGAUUCCUGUUUAAAAUCUGAUAAUAUUUAUAAUUAUACUUGCUUCUUAUUAACUUUAGUUAAGUCUAUUUAUUUUCUUUAGUGUUGUACAGUAGGUCCUCGGGUUAUGUCAGAGAUCUGUUCUUACAGUGUGACGUAAUGCGGUUUUCGUCGUAAGUUGGAACCCACCUACAUAAGCACCUACAUUACUCACAUGGUGCACAUACAUAGCAGUAAUGAAGUGAAACAGUAAAAAAAUUUUAAAAAAGAUAACAAUUCCUGAUCUUUACUUGUGGUAAAUAAAUAAUAAAAAACAUAUAGCACAUACAUACAUAUGUCGAAAUGAUGGAACUUUUUUUUUAUAAAUAAAUGGGAGAUGGCGACGUAAACGACAUACGUCGAGUCCGACAUAACCUGAGGACUGCCUGUAUAUAGAUAUGACUUCAUAACAAUGAUUGGUACUUAAUAAGCACCUUCUGGUGCCAGGGUGCCAUUCUAUGCUUUGUUUUCACUAAAUUAGGUGGAGUUUUAAGAUGUAAAUAUAUAUGAAUAUUAAUGUCAUUUAAAUAAAAGAAAUAAUCUUAUCAACUAUA